CGCUGCGUCUCCGAGGCUGGACUGCAGCUUCGGGAGGGAGGACUGGAGACACCUUUUCUGCCAGAGGAUCUUUGCCCUCCUCCCAGAGAUACUGCUAACCCUCAGCCCGGGACACAGGGAGGGGCCUGGGGAGCCACGUGCCCAGGGGCUUUGAGUCCACCCUGGGGAGGGCUGAGGCUGGGACCACUACCUCUCUGGGGUUGCUGGCUUUCUGACCGGUCUGUGGCUUCCUGGACCUGCUCCGGGCCAUGGCCAGCGAGAAUUCCCCUCUGCUAGCCUAUCGGCUCCUGGGGGAGGAGGGGGUCGCCUUCCCUGCUAAUGGGGCAGGGGGUCCUGGGGGGCCGUCUGCCCAGAAGCUCUCCACCUUCCUGGGUGUGGUGGUACCCACGGUCCUGUCCAUGUUCAGUAUCGUGGUCUUCAUGAGGAUCGGGUUCGUGGUGGGCCAUGCGGGGCUGCUGCAGGCCCUGGCCAUGCUCCUGGUUGCCUACUUCAUCCUGGCACUCACGGUCCUCUCUGUGUGUGCCAUCGCCACCAAUGGAGCUGUGCGCGGGGGCGGAGCCUACUUCAUGAUCAGCCGGACGCUGGGGCCCGAGGUCGGGGGCAGCAUCGGGCUCAUGUUCUACCUGGCAAACGUCUGUGGCUGUGCCGUCUACGUGCUGGGGCUGGUGGAGGCUGUGCUUGACGUCUUCGGGGCUGAUACUACCGGACCCAGCGGGUUUCGAGUCCUACCCCAGGGCUACGGCUGGAGCGUGCUCUAUGGCUCUCUGCUGCUGGGCCUGGUGGGCGGGGUCUGCACUUUGGGAGCCGGGCUCUACGCCAGGGCCUCCUUCCUGACCUUUCUGCUGGUCUCUGGCUCUCUGGCCUCGGUGCUGAUCAGCUUUGUGGCUGUGGGGCCGAGGGACAUCACCCUGACUCCCCGGCCGGGCCCCAACGGCUCCUCCCUGCCCCCCCAGGUUGGCCACUACACCGGCUUCAAUAGCAGCACCCUGAAGGCCAACUUGGCUGCUGGCUAUGCGCAGGACUACACCACGGGGGCAAUGAUGACCUUUGCCAGCGUCUUUGCCGUCCUCUUCAAUGGCUGCACGGGCAUCAUGGCAGGGGCCAACAUGUCAGGGGAGCUGAAGGACCCCAGCCGGGCGAUCCCCCUGGGCACCAUCAUCGCGGUUGCCUACACCUUCCUCAUCUAUGCCCUCCUCUUCUUCUUCUCCAGCAUCACCUGUGACAGGACCCUGCUACAGGAGGACUAUGGGUUCUUCCGCGCCAUCAGCCUGUGGCCCCCACUGGUGCUGGUCGGAGUCUACGCCACCUCACUCUCUGCGUCCAUGAGCUCCCUCAUCGGCGCCUCGCGCAUCCUGCAUGCCCUGGCCCAGGAUGACCUCUUUGGGGUGAUCCUGGCACCGGCCAAGGUGGUGUCCCAAGGAGGGAAUCCCUGGGGGGCCGUGCUCUAUUCCUGGGGCCUAGUGCAGCUGGUGCUCCUGGCCGGGAAGCUGAACACGCUGGCCGCCGUGGUCACUGUCUUCUACUUGGUGGCCUAUGCCGCCGUGGACCUGUCCUGCCUGAGCCUGGAGUGGGCCUCAGCUCCUAACUUUCGCCCCACCUUCAACCUGUUCUCCUGGCAUACCUGUCUGCUGGGCGUGGCCUCCUGUCUGCUCAUGAUGUUUCUCAUCAGCCCCGGAGCGGCUGGGGGCUCCCUGCUCCUCAUGGGGCUGCUCUCGGCCCUGCUCACGGCUCGUGGAGGCCCCAGCAGCUGGGGCUAUGUUAGCCAGGCCUUGCUUUUCCACCAGGUGAGGAAGUACCUGCUGCGGCUGGACGUCCGGAAGGAACAUGUCAAGUUCUGGCGGCCGCAGCUGCUGCUUCUGGUGGGGAACCCCCGCGGCGCCCUGCCUCUGCUGCGGUUGACUAACCAGCUCAAGAAGGGGGGCCUGUAUGUGCUGGGCCACGUCACCCUGGGCGACCUGGACUUCCUGCCCUCAGACCCUGUGCAGCCCCAGUACGGGGCGUGGCUGAGCCUGGUGGACCGGGCCCAAGUGAAGGCUUUUGUGGACCUUACCCUGUCCCCGUCCGUGCGCCAGGGAGCCCAGCAGCUGCUGCGCAUCUCGGGCCUGGGCGGCAUGAAGCCCAACACUCUGGUCCUGGGCUUCUAUGAUGACACGCCCCCCCAAGACCACUUCUUGACAGACCCAGCUUUCUCCGAAGAACCUACUGAUGGCCUGAGAGAGGGGGCCCCCCCGGCCCUGAGCACCUUGUUCCCUCCGCCCCGGGCUCCCGGGAGCCCCCGGGCUCUCAGCCCCCAGGACUAUGUGGCCAUGGUGGCGGAUGCUCUCAAGAUGAACAAGAACGUGGUUCUUGCCAGGGCCUGCGGGGCUCUGCCCACGGAGCGCCUCAGCAGGGGUUCCGGGGGCACCUCCCAGCCGCACCAUGUGGACGUGUGGCCCCUCAACCUCCUGCGGCCCCGGGGUGGGCCCGGCUAUGUGGACGUGUGCGGCCUCUUCUUACUGCAGAUGGCAACCAUCUUGGGCAUGGUGCCCGCGUGGCACAGCGCUCGGCUCCGGAUCUUCCUGUGCUUGGGGCCCCAGGAAGCCCCUGGAGCUGCCGAGGGGCGCCUCCGGGCCCUGCUGAGCCAGCUGAGGAUCCGGGCCGAGGUGCAGGAGGUGGUGUGGGGUGAGGGGGCUGGCACCAGAGAGCAGGAGGAGGAAGAAGAGGAGGACUUUGGAAAUGGUGGGCAGGGAGACGCUGAGGCUGAGGCCCUGGCCUGCAGUGCCAACACCCUGGUCCGGGCCCAGCAGGGGCGAGGCAGAGUCGGGGGUCCAGGGGGACCAGAAGCAGGGGAUGGGGAGGAGGGACCACCCACUGCCCUGACCUUCCUGUACCUGCCUCGGCCACCAGCGGAUUCUGCCCGCUACACCCGCUACCUGGCCCUGCUGGAGAUCUUGAGCCGUGACUUGGGCCCCACACUGUUCAUCCAUGGGGUCACCCCUGUCACUUGCACUGAUCUCUGAUGCCUGAAGCAGCCCCAUGCCUGGGGGACCGGUCAAGAGGACGAUCCAGGCCCCCCCACCCCUCUUGAUUUGUGGAUGUGGAAGAUCCAAGCUCCUGGGCCUGGAGCCUGGUGGAGAGAGGAGGAAGCAAGGGGUCCUGGGCUCCUGGGUGAUCGGGCACGCCUCCCCCUCCAUUGUGCAUAGGACCAGGUCACUCCUGCCACCGUGGGGGCAGGAGCAGUCAGCAGCCCCCUCCCACUUCACUGGUGCCUUGAUGGGAGGGGCUGGCCCUCCUCCUGUGACUCGGCUACCUCAGGCUCCCGGGCACUGCGGACGGGCUCACUGACCCGUGAGUUUGUGAUGCGUUUGUUCUGUUUAUUUUUCUAACUCUGCUGACUGGGAAUAAAAGACCAAAACACUA